AUGGGCACUAAUAAUAAGGAAAAACAUAAUGAAAAAUUAUUAAACGAAGAAGAUGACUUAAUUAAUAAUAUACUUCCAUCGUAUCAUAUGCACCAAUCUACCAUUUCGAAGAAUUUAACACCUACAAAUGAAAACUUUCGUGUAGAUCCACCCAUGUAUGAGAUGACACCAGUCAAUUCUUUGUCAACUACUCCAUCUGUGGGUAUGUCGGCCAUACAGUCACCAACUUCAAAUUUAUCAGUCGAUGAAUUUCCGUUUCCAAACCAGGAAAUUGACCUGGGACUUGAAGGGGGACCGAACAUCUGGGAGAAUACUAUAUUAGCAAAUGUUCAUAAAUUACCUAAUUUGAAUAGGUCGGAUAAUAAAAUUUGUCAAGAUUUGGAGAUCGACAUGAAGGUGACAGAAAAAGUAUGUCAGAAAGGAGUCAAGCCAACCAUUAUAGAUCCUCUGAAAUACGAAUUUAAGCAGGGUGAUUAUAUCCAUGGUUACGUUACCAUGAAAAAUAAGUCGCCGGUGCCCAUACUGUUUGAUAUGGUAUAUGUUGUAUUUGAAGGUACGCUAGUCGUGCUUGAGAAUAAUCGGGGAUUAAUGGACGUUAAGAAGCCUUCCAAAGUUCACAAGUUUUUGAAUAUGCUAGAUUUAUUUGCAUCGUGGUCGUAUGCCAAUAUCGCUAGAUUGGCAACUGAUGAUGGAGAUCCUCAUGAUUGGUGUCAUGGAGAAACAGACCCUUAUGAUAAUACCGUUUUAUCUAUCGAUGUUAAACGUUUUUUCCAACCCAAUGUUACAUACAAAAGAUUUUUCACAUUCAAGAUUCCAGAAAAAUUACUAGAUAACACAUGCGAAGAACAUACGUUUUCCAUCCAUACAGAAAUACCUCCUAGCAUAGGAAUUUCAAGAACUUCAACCACACCAUCGUCAUUAUUAGUUAACAACAAUGGGCAAAUCAAAGAUUUUUCCAUAUUGGACACUUCUAUAAGCUAUAGUGUUAAUGCGAGGGUUAUCGGGAAAGCAUCAGACUAUAAGCACUCGUUGGAUCGGGAUCAGUAUGUAGUUGCUAAAGAAGCCACAUGUAACAUUCGGGUAAUUCCACAAAGUAGCAUGAAUUACAUUCAUUACACCAAUUCAAGAAACCAAGGAAAUAUUCUUUACUACAAGGCAUUUGUUGAUUCGAUUAAGAGCAAAAUAGAAUAUGGAAAUGCUUUACUAAAUUUGCCAAGCGAGCAACGAGAUACACCAGACAUUUCACCCCUGGUAUCUAGAGAUGGAUCUUUCGUAAAACUAAGACAAUUAUAUACUAUGGCUGAUCAUGAAAUAAAGCGAGAAUUAAGGCCCUCUACAAAGCAAUUUCUGGAUGAAAUCUACCAAUGCCUUGCUCCGUUCAAAAGGAAAUCAUUGACUGGUUCAUCGAAAACUUUGGGAGUCAUCUCCUUAUCCACGCCUAAAGAGGAUUAUAGAACAUUAUAUAUACCUCCAGUGAAAUUUAGAAAGCCAAAUGAACUAUAUGAUAAUACCAAAUUGACGAUACCAUUAGAUAUUUCAUACUUUCACACAAAAUCAUCAUCUGGUAAGGAGGUCCAGCUUCCGGAAGUCAAAUAUUUGAAAGUUGAAUUAGUGACUCUUACGAUGAGAUCACUGAAGUACCCUAUUCCUUUAGAAUUCACUCACGAAAUGUGUUUUAAAGAGCAAGAAAUAUAUGAUAAAAAACAAGAACCUGAAAAUUUCGAUUCUAUAUUAAUAAAACAGUUCCAGUCAUAUUUAUUUAAGUUGAAAACUUUACUCACUACUUUGGGAAGCACUAUAUUCAAAGUAGAGACUCUGCUAAUGAAAGAUAUAAAGUCUCUUGCCACCUUAUCCACAAAAUACAUUAAUUUGCAGAUUCCAAAAUACCAACUCACUAUGAAAUCACCUAAAAGCCAUAGUUCGCAUAAUUCCAUAGCCACUAUCCCUUGGGAGCAAGUGAAAUCUACACAUGACGACUAUUCUCUAUAUUCUAAAACUUUUGACCUCCAUAUUGAUUUGAAGGAUUGUCAAAUGAAAGGUCCAACAUUACAUCCACCACCCGGAACCAGCUUGGAUCAUUUAACGUUAGUACCAACCUUUCAAACUUGUUUCAUGUCGAGAUUGUAUUACUUGAAAAUAGGUAUCAAAAUAAAUACUGGCGAGUUAUUAACAGUUAAUGUGCCAAUGCAUAUAGAAAACUGA